CUGCGACACAGUCCGUCACACAUGUGGGGAAACCAUGGCUAAUAGAGAUGUGUGGAGCGUGUUGGAGGACUGUAUUAAGACUAUAAAUGCAAACACAGAAAAGCCAGAGAACUUUUUGAGCCUGCAAGAUGGAGCAGCGGCAGAAUUUACCUCUCUCACUAAGACCUUGUACGACCUCCACAAAGACCAGGAGCCUUCAGAUUAUAAAGGCAGCCCAUUGGCUCAUCUGGUGGUGGAAAACUUUGAUGAAGAACAGAUAUGGCAGGAAUUGGAGCUCCAGAACAAUGCAGUACUGAAACACUUUCAAAAUGCCACUGAGGAGGUUUUGUCUGAUGAGACAUUAACGUUGCUGGCGGCGGAGGAUGAGAGUAAUGGUGAGGAAGAAUUAGAGACUGGUGAUGAAAAUGAUGAGGAGGAGGAAGACGAACCACCCAGGCAGUCAAAGAAAAUGGCCAUAGAGGCUGAGGACAGAGCAGAGGAUGAUACAGAGGAGGACUCUGAUUUAGAUUUUGAUGUGGAUGCUCUGGAGAAGCGGGAGAAACACAGGCGGGAAAAGAGUGUCUCAAAAACGAAGGUGGUUCCCUCUGAGGUUGAUGAUAAAUUCUUCAAACUGUCAGAGAUGGAGUCCUUUCUUGACGAUAUGGACAAGCGAGAAGGAAAAGAGGAUGAAAACAAAGAGGACGUUGACUAUUUUCAAGACCUGCCGUCUGAUGAGGAUGAUGAUCUUGACCUAGAUCAAAUAAUUUCUAAUAAAAAGCCAAAGAAAAACACUGCAAAAAGCUCCAGGGAUCUUAAGUACAAGGACUUCUUUGAUGCUGUGGACAGUGAACCAGCUAACACAGAUGAGCAGUCAGAUGGUGAGGAUGACAGCAUGGAUGAUAGCCAGGAAGAAGAUGAAGAAGAAAUAGGUGGCGAUGAUGCUGAUGACGGUGAAGAGGAGGGCGAUGAUGAGGAUGAAGAACCAAGUCAGUCCAAAGCAUCUCAUAAGAAAGUGACCUUUGACCUCUCUGAGGAUGAGGACAGUGAAGGAGAGGACAUGGAGGACAUCUUUGGAGGGAAAAAAACAAGCUCAACAAAGUCUGAAUCAAAGUCGUCUUUUGAGAGACGGCAAGAAAAGAUGUCAGAGAAGAUCGAGGAGCUGGAGAAAGCAGCUCUGGCAGAGAGGCCAUGGCAGCUGUCUGGUGAGGUCACGGCACAGACUCGUCCUGAGAACAGCAUGUUGGAAGAAGAUGUGGAAUUUGAGCAGGCAUCAAGGAUGGCUCCCACUGUGACAGAAGAAACAACGCUACAGCUUGAAGAUAUCAUCAAACAGAGAAUUAAAGACCAGGCUUUUGAUGAUGUGGUCCGAAAGGAAAAGCCCAAAGAGGAGGUGUUUGAGUACAAGAAGAGGCUGACGUUGGACCAUGAGAAGAGCAAGCAGAGUCUGGCAGAAAUCUAUGAACAAGAAUACCUCAAGCAGACUCAGCAAAAGACAGAAGAAGUUGAGAACCCAGCUCAUGUAGAAAUUCAAAAGCUUAUGGACACACUCUUCCUGAAGCUGGAUGCUCUGUCCAAUUUCCACUUCACACCUAAACCACCUGUGCCCGAGGUCAAAGUGAUGUCUAACUUGCCGUCCAUUACAAUGGAGGAGGUGGCUCCAGUCAGUGCUAGCGACGCUACACUCCUUGCACCAGAGGAAGUCAAGGAGAAGAACAAAGCAGGAGAUAUUCUGGGAGCUACUGAGAAGACGUCAACAGACAGGAAGCGUGAGAGACGUCACAAGAAGCAGGUGAAGCGUCUGAAGAUUAAGGAGAAAGAAAAGAGACUGAAGCUUAAAGAGGCCAGUAGAGCUGGGGAAAAUAAACCAUCAAAGGCUGAAGUGACAGAAAACCUGAAGAAACUCACAAAAGGAGGCAAAGCCACGAUACUCAAGGAUGAAGGAAAGGACAAAGCUCUGCGGUCCUCUCAAGCUUUCUUCUCUGAGUUGCAGGACCAAGUCAAAAGUCAGAUCAAAAAUGCGAAGGACCCUUCUUCUAAGAAGAAAAAACACAAAGAGGUUUCUGUCAGCAAACUCAAGUUGUGAAGACUGUCAUGUUGAUGUGGUAAUCAUUUAUUUUUAUUGUACAGAUUUCCAGGAGGAGAAAACUCCUCUAUGAAAACAUCUGAACUUUUUGUAAAGUGUUUCCAUUUUCAUUCACAAUAAUCUAACUACACCCAGAUGUUUUUGGCAAUGUGUAGAAUUUUUUCACCUGUGAUAAUAAAUCCUUAGCCAAGUAAAA